GAAAAGCAUGGGUACGGAACAAAAGUUAUUUCCGCCAGUUUCUAUGUCAGAAGCAAUGGAAUUAUCAUGAAAAAUGGCUUUUGAAGAUUGUUAGGGUAAAACCUAUUAUGGCUUCCAUGACCAGCAUGGACGACCAGGAAACAAAACUAGGAGGAAAAUGGGUUGAAAUGGAUCAACCACCAUUACUCAAACUUUUACAGAAUAUUCUUAGAGAGUACCCAAAAGAUGCUCAAAUAUUUCACGAACUUGUGCAGAAUGCAGAAGAUGCUGAAGCCUCAGUCAUAAAGAUUUUGUUUGUACCAGAAACAUCUACUUCAUCCCCGCCAGAGUUCGAAAAGUAUUUUCAGUCUCCAGGAGUAUGUGUUUACAAUGAUGCCCUUUUCAAUGAAGUGGAUUGGAAAAAUAUUAGAUCAGUGUGUAUAAGUCACAAAGAGACAGAGGAAAACAAAAUUGGAAAAUAUGGACAAGGAUUCAAAUCCAUUUUUCAUCUGACAGACCACCCUCUUAUAGUUAGCGGAGAUACAGUUCUACUCAUAGAUCCAUUUAGACAUGAUUCAUGCGGCUACUUCGACCUAAAGGGCAUAUUCUCUACGAUAUUGACUUCAACACAAAUUAAGUCAUGUUUUGAUUCAUUCGGUUUAACAGAACAGGCAAUACAAAACAAUUUUUAUGAUGGAACUUUGUUUUGGUUUCCAUUUCGCAAGCUGGAAAGUGAAUUGUCGAAAAAUGUUUUUACAGAAAAUAAAGUAGAACAACUGUUAAACAACUUUGCAGACGAUGCGUCGAUUAUCUUGCUUUUCCUUAAUCAUCUACAGAAAAUUCAAAUGUACAAUCACAGAGACCACACUACGCCCUACCUUCAAGUUGAACGAACAUGUGUUCAGCUUUUAUCAGAAACAAACUUUCAAGAAAAUAUGAUUGAUUUUGAAAAUACUCCAGAGAAGUGUCUUAAUAUGAAAGAAAUUGAAAUUAAGACAGCAAGAUCAGAAACUCCUGGUCAGACAGAUAAGUGGGUAAUUGUUAAUCAGACCGAUAGAACGUCUAAUAAUGAAAGAGACGAGUUCGAUAUAGGACCACCUUGUAUACCAAACAUUAGUUUAGCAUAUCAUCAUGCAAGCAGUGAAGAUAAACCAAUGGUUAGUGGUCGAAUUUUUAAUUACCUACCUUUGCCGGUUACAUGCAUCACUGGACUUCCCGUAUGUGUGCAAGGACCGUUUGCCAUUAGUCAGAAUAGACGCGAGCUUAAACUUCCCGACAAGCGUUCAACAGAUAGAUUUGUUCUAUGGAAUGAAAAACUUUUUCAACUAAUUCCGACUACAUACAAAUUAUUAGUCAACUAUUUAAUAUCAACCAGUGAAAGAAAUGGUAAUUCCGACCAGUUAGUUUCUAUUGUUUACAACUGCAUUCCAGACAUUGAUAAAGUAGAGACAUUCUGGAAACCACAUACAGAAUCUGUCUAUGGAGAGCUUCUGAACUUGCCUAUUUUCUUCACAAAACUUAAAGAUAACCAUUGGGUUACCAAAGAGGUAGCAUUAAUUCAAUCAAUAGAUAAUGCAGUAGUUAGUACUCGAGUCACGACAUUUUUACUUGAUCACGAAAUACCUGUUAUCAAAAUAGCAGGAAACAUUCCAUCAAUAUUAAGCCGUUCAAAAAUUCAAAUGAUUACUCCUGGCUUCAUAGUAAAUUUACUAAAACAUACAGUUCUACCUGAAACAUAUGAUCAUGAGAUGAGACUAUGCCUACUUGAAUACAUUUUGCAGGAUCCCACAUUAGACAUUGAAGGUAUUAAACUAAUUCCUGUUGAGAAUGGAGAUUACAUGUGUUUUUGUUCAUAUGAGUACGAUGCUGAACCUGAGGAAGAACUGUUGUUGUUAUCAGCUGAUCAGCGAAGAGUAUUCCAAGGGCUCGAGCACAAAAUUGUCAAGACUGAUGACCUUUCUGAACCAGCCUAUCAAAAGUUAAAAGAAAUUGCAACUAGUGAAAAAUAUCAACUAUAUUGUUUACAUUUGGAUGAUCUGCCCAUGUUGUUACAAUCAGUAAUAAAGCAGCAUUGCUAUCCUAUUGAUACAGACGGAGAAGCUGAGAUCAUUGAAGAUUCUCCACUGACCAUAGACUGGAUAACACGAGUAUGGACAUUGAUAAAUUCGUUUGAUCCGAAUGAUUUGGAACCCUUUGAAGAUAUCCACUUGAUACCAAGGAAAAAACCAGCAGCGAACAACUUGUCCACUAUUACACAUUUACUUACUAUGAAAAAGUCGUAUUUGUUUUCUAGUUACGAAGGUUGUCCUCACAUUUCUAGCAAUAUACAGACUAUAUUAGAGUCCGUAGGGGUAGAAGUGAUACCACACCCAUGCGAUGUACUUCAACCAUGUGAACAUCUUCUUAUUGGAAACUAUAUAAAGAUUCCAACUUUUGAUUCGUUGAUUCAGUUGUGCAAGAACAAUAAAGAUCUUCAAAAUAAGAUUCAAAGAAUUCUUGGGUUCAAACGCACUUUGGAUUUACCGAAUUCAGAAAUUACUAGUGCUACAUCAUUUGGACAGAAAGAAGACCUUACUACACGGAUAAAAGGGAUACUUCGUGACCAUCCCAUUGAUCAUUCAUUUAUAAAUGAACUUUUACAAAAUGCAGAUGACGCAGGAGCAACCGAAGUACAUUUUGUGUACGACAAGCGACAUCACAGCAAUAGCAGAGACGGGAUAUUUGAUGAAAGAUGGAAACCACUUUUAGGACCCGCCCUUUGUGUGUUCAACAAUGCUUGUUUCACAGAAACAGAUAUUAAAGGAAUACAAGAAUUGGGAAUUGGUGGAAAAUGUGGAGACAAAUCAAAGGCUGGACAAUUUGGGUUCGGUUUUAACGCCGUUUACCACAUAACUGAUGUUCCAUCGUUUAUUACAAAAGGACCAGAUUCACCGGGAGGAGGGGUUUUCUGUGCUUUCGAUCCUCAUUGCAAAUAUGCUCCAUAUGCACAUUACGACGCCCCAGGAAUGAGAAUGAACUUGGAUGAACUCACAGAAAAGUAUUCAUCAGUUUACCGUUCUCAUAUCGGCGAUGUACUUACAUCCGAAACUGGUACAUGGUUCCGGUUUCCUCUUAGGAACCAUUUUAUGAUAAAAUCAUCAGAACUGCUAAUAACCAAAAAUGUAGACCCAGAAAAAGAAACGUUACGGUUGGUUGAAUGUAUGAAAGAGAACAUAGUAGAAAGUCUAAUUUUUCUUAUGAAUGUUAACUGCAUUAAAAUUUCACAAAUACACGAAAAUACUGAUAAUUUGGAAUUGAUCAAGAAGGCUGAAGUAGACCUAACACAGUCUGAUGCUAACAAAAGAACCAGAUUUAAGGAUUCUGUUGGACGAAACGUCCAACUUCUCAAUUCAUCAUCCACUUAUCAGUGUACUGCGAUUGAAGAAUAUCGAUAUCGCAUGACAAUAAACGAGGAAAAUCAGCAUUACAAGACAUAUUUAGUUGUUCAAGGUAUUGGUCUUCAAAGUGUUGAUCAAACAACAAGGAACGUUGUAAAUGACGUAAAACGACUCCCAGUUGGAGGUGUCGCUAUUCUGGCAGACUCGUCCGAAAACAUCAUAGAGGACAAACAACCAAAAACCAAAUACAGGGUGUUUAGUACGCUACCACUUCCAUCAACAACGGGUCUCACUGUUCAUAUCAAUGGCCAUUUUGAGCUUGAUUCGUCUAGAAAACAGUUAUUUGAAUCUAGCCACUCAAGAAAACAAAACGAUAACAGAUAUCAAUGGAAUAAAAUUCUUUUACAACAAAAUGUGUCUCAUGUUUAUGUGAGUUGCAUAGAAGAAUUGAAGUCAUUUUUAUUUCAAGACUGCAAAGACAAUGAGUUUAACAUAUUGGGAACUUUUUUGGCUCACUUUCCUGUUGAUAAUACCCAACACACAUAUUGGCAAGAAUUGCUAUUAUAUUUCUAUCAAAGUAUAAAGACACGAAGAGCAAGUUUGUUUCCUGUAAGUCCGGAAUACACUUCACUCAUUAUUGAAGAUACGCAAGGAUCGUCCAAUCAUAUAAAUAAAGGCAAUCUAAAUAUAAACAUUAAAUGGGUAUAUGAAGAAGAGUCAAAUGAUGUAUUCUUUGAUAAUUUGGAUUCUCAAAUUACUGGCAGUGACUGGCGAGAUAGUGCAACUAAUGACACAGUGCAGGAAAAAGCAGGAAGAUUACGACAGUUUUUUGUCAACAUGGGCAUUAAACUAUCAUGUGGUUCCCAAGAUUUAGAAAAAAGCUUUUCAAAAACCUGUAAAUACCACAAUGGUAGAAAGAAACACCAUGUUUACCCUUCUUUAUCCUCACUUGACUUUGUUUGUGUUUGUAAAGAAAACAUCUUACCAAAAUAUGUAAGUGUGUUCAUGGAAAAGAAAUUUAAAACACUUUGCCGUAGUGAAUGGGAAACAGCAAAUAAAACCUUAGCAAUUGGGGACAUAAAGCUUUGCUUGGACUACCUUCUUAAGGCACUAAAUUGGAGAGAUAUCAUAGGUCUUCCACUUCUGUUGGCAGAUGAUGGUUUAGUUCAUCCAAUACAGUACAAGAAUGAAUUCUUUUUAUCUGAAUAUCAAACCCUAUUGGCUGGUUUGCAAGGAAGCUUUGUUCACAGAAGUUUGGUACCAUCUCUUAUAAAAUAUACAAAAGAAUGUAAAUCUACUGAUUUAUUCAAAAGAUUAGAUUUAGAGAAUUUUGCUACAAUUUUGCAAAAGUCUCAAGAUAAAGUUCGACUAAAAAGCGCAAAUAUUAUAGAUUGGAAUCAAAAGGAAACUCCAGUUGCAGAAAAAUGGAUAGACGAAUUUUGGACAUUCCUUAAGUCCCUACAAGAAGAUGAUGAUAAUUUGAGUAUUCCAUACUCGUUACACAAUUGGUGCUUAAUUCCAGCUCUCUUUGGAACACAAAAAUAUCUUGUUCCACUGGGAAAGGGACACUGUGUGGUAGAUGGGAGAACAUUCGAAGGUGACAAGAGUUUUGCAAUGAUAAUAAAAAAAUUGAAAAUUCCAAAAUCUCUAAUAAAACAUGAUUUGAAAGGAAACUUAUCUUUACUUGCUACUUACUCAGAUACAAAUAAGACAUUUGACUGUAUGAAGUACUGGAUUACUCAACACAAAAUUAAGUUGACCUGCCAUGAAUGUGCAGUUACACUUGGUUAUUUCGGGCAAAAUGCUGACAACAUCUCCCAGGACCGCCUACGAGACAUCAGAAAAUUCUGUAUUUUUGAAACAAUAAAUGGUAGAAUAGAGCCCUUAGUUCAUUCAAACAUCGUUGCAACCGCAGUCGAUUUUAGAAUGCCUGUACUCGGAUUACAGAACUUGUUCAACUCCAUGAACAUGACAGUCCUCAAAUACAACCCCAAUGCUGAUAGACUAUAUAAAGCUAUAAAUUGCUGGGUUCCAUCGGACAAUGCAAUGGUUCCUCCAAUAUCAUAUCUAUAUGCUAGUUGGAUCUUACCAAAUAUUCACUUGCUUAAUACAUCUGAUCGUAUGGUCCAUUUGGAAUAUAUACGAGAUCACUUGUUACACGACAUUAGAAUUAAAAAAAAACUAAAGGAAGCAAAGUUUAUUCCCCAAAAUAAUGAAAUAAAAAAGGCUUCUGAAUUCUUUGACAGAAACAAUAAACUGUUCCAAGAAAUAUGUGAAGAGUCGGAAUUCCCAACAACACAUUUCCAUGAUCCUAUUUGGCACGGAUUACUUAAAGAAGCAGGAAUGAAAACGAAGAAAUCUAAAGAAAUUUUAAUCGACUUUGCCAAAAGAAUGACCAAUAUAUCUUUAACCAAAAUGUGUUAUAAGCAAAAAACUAUGAAGUCCAAAACUCUUGUUGAAGAGAUAUUUAAUUUCAUAAAAAAGGAACACAGUAACACUGAUAUUAGGGGUUUCAUAGCAGAAAUAAGAACAAUAUCUUUCAUUUUCCCUCAGGAAAUAGGCGAUGAAUUUACAUCAAUACACGCAGGAAUAGCCGGAGAUACCUUAAUGCGAUUUCAAGGGUCCCUGUCGGCCAACCGAUUUCAUAUUGUGUGGAGCGUUGAGCCAACUUUACCAACCUAUGCUAUGGACGAUGAACUAAUGAAUCGACUACAUGUUGAACUAAGGCCUAUCGAAGAAAGUGUUUUAAAACAUACAGAAAAUAUAUGUGCUGUUCUCAGUCUUUCUUUGAAGGAAAAUCAAAAUGAUUUUGUAGAAAGUAUAAUGGAAGAAAUAUAUGAGUAUUUUAAUACAACAUCUCAGUCUGAGUUUGAGAUCCUCAGAAAAUUGUCAUGUGUACAUGUUAAGAAACACAAUACGUUUGUUAGAGCUAAAUACAUCGUGAAAAAUGUAACAAAUGAAGAAGAAAUAGUUCCUUAUCUUAUCCAAGCACCAGAGGAAUAUGCACCAUACUACAAAUUAUUUCGUUUUCUUGGAAUGACAGAUACACCAACAACACAAACAUAUUCUAAAGUAUUGUCAUAUUUUUAUAAGGACUUUGGUAAAGAAAGAUUAGAUAUCGAGCAAAUUGAACAGGUAGAGAAAGCGAUCAAAGGUCUUGUUCAGAUGCUUCAAACAACAAUGGUCGAUGAAAGUCAGAUUGAUAUUGAUAACCUGAUUUUAAUGACAACAGAUUAUCGUUUGGUUCCAUCUUCAGAAAUAUUUCUGGAAACUAGAGAUGACGAAAGACAAAGAAUAAUGAAGAAUGGAACUCUUAACCUGAUGGCAGACUUGACUAUGUUUUCUCUCAGUAAAAUUCAGAUAGAGGAAAUAUUCAUGAAACUUCCAGAAAAGUUUCGACCUAUUUUUGCAAGUACUUCCAUUCAUGAAGAAGUUCUUUCACCUGAUGAAUUCCUGAAUAGUGAUAUUGCAGAUAAACUUAAGGAUUAUUUAACCAGUGAACACUUUAUAGAUGGAAUUUUGCGUCUUGCAAAGUACAACGCCUCGUCCAGAAAUAUGCAAAUGGAUGAAAGUUCACUUCUAGCCAUUGAAUCAAAUUUGAAAACAAUUCAAGUUUGCAGUGUUACAAAUUUGCAAACUAGAUUAAGUCUGAACAACAGAACGUUAAAUGAAACGGACGUUUCAAAACGAUGUUACCUAGAUAAGCACAGGAAUGUCCUAUAUUUUACAUCUUUCGAUGUAGAUGCAGUUAAAUGGCUCUCAGUAUAUGAUUGGGAUUUCGCCGCUGCAAUACAACCGCUGUUGAAUGGAAAAAUUGAAAGGGAUAAAGUUUUAACAAUAUUAUCAAAAAUUGACCUAAGUCCAUUGGAAUUUUCAAAACGCCUGGACGAUAUCGGAAUACCACCAAAGAACGAAGAUGGAAAUGUUUCUUUUGUUCCACUUCCAGGUUCACUUGUUCCAAAAGAUCUCGCUGAGUUUUUAGUCCCACUAGAGACUACAGUACCACGGAAGAGUUUUGUAGUUUUUAGCGAUUGGAAAUAUGUUGAUACAAAAAAUCAAAUCUAUCAACCAAAUACACAUCGCUAUAAAUACGGAGUAGUUAUAGAUGUCAUGUUGUCACACGAACAAAAUGCAGAAUAUUAUAUUCUAAAUGUUGGUGAUUCGUCACCUAGAAAUAUGCCUAUUUCAGAAUUAUUUAUUAUAAAAGAAAUGUCAGAAAUAAACUCUGUAACUUUCCAGAUAAGUGACGAUGAAUACAGCCAUAGACGCGAUUUGACUCUAAAUGCUGCUGUUAGGUUCAGAAUGAAUCAAAACCCAAAUCCACAACCUGAUGAGGGAAAACGUUGGCUUCAGCAAGCAAAAUACGACUUUGAAGUAGCAAAGUUGACGAAAACAAUGAUUGAUGCAGAGCUGUCAAAAGGCUACAACUGGAUAUGUAUAAUUUGUCAGCAGGCAGCAGAAAAGGCAUUAAAGGGAGCGAUGUAUACCAUUAAUGCUGAUGAAGUUCAUCGUGUCCAUAGUCUGACAGCGCAUAUACCGGAAGGAGAUACAAAAUUACUUCCCAUAGCUAGACUACUUGAAAACACUAUUGAAAGCAUUGAGAAGAUGAGAUAUCCUAUUUAUCGUGCUUUACCGGCAGAUUUAUACGACAAAGAAGAUGCACAGAAAGCUUUAGACUUUACCGAACAAUUAAUCAAUGAAGUACAAAAAAAAUACAUUAACAGUCUUUGAGCUGUAAAUCAAAUGUUUAGUUUCGCCUCGUCUUAGGGUAAAAAUCUACUCAAUUACCCAAUCAUUUUGAAAAUGAAAACAUCCUUUAUGGGUGGAUUUUACAUAGGUAAAUAAAAUCGUAUAAUAUAAGCAAAAUGAGGAUGUUAAAUUUGGUGUAUGCCUUUAUGUGCUUCUUCGUUACAUUAUUUUGUUUUUAUAGUGAUUAAGAUGAUAACACAAUGUUGACUUCUGUACCCUUAUUUUUGACAUUUUUACCUAUUGUGUCUGUUUGUUUUGUUCACGCAUCGUUGGCAAUAUAAUGGAAUUUGAUGCGACUGUCAUACAAGUGAGAGGUUUAGCUAGCUAUAAAACCAGGUUCAAUCCACCAUUUUCUACAUAAGAAAAUGCCUGUACCAAGUCAGGAAUAUGACAGUUGUUAUUCAUUCGUUUGAUGUGUUUGAACUUUUGAUUUUGCCAUUUGAUUGGGGACUUUCCUUUUUGAAGUUUCCUUGGAGUUCAGUAUUUUUGUGAUUUUACUUCUUCUAUAUUUUCAUUUCAAAUGAAGUAUUUAUUUACAUUUUAUGAGUUUUGAACUAAAAAAAGCAUAUUUUGUACCAAACAGGUUAGAACCUUAAUUACACAAAGCACUAACAAUUUACAUAGUUAUGCAAUAGUAUAUCCUAUUAGGAUAUCGUUUCAUAGCUGCUAAAUUUAUUUAUUACAAACCAAUAUAGGCCAUAGAUUUAAUAGUUCCAUAUAAAUACAUCCUUUUAUUACAGUUCAUAUCAUAAUUUAUUUUUCUGGGGAAAAUUUCUAUCACAAAUCUAGUGGAUGGUAGCCAAGAUAUAAUUGAUUAGUAGGUUACAAAUAAGCUAUUGUUGAUUUAAAAUACCACAAUAUAGUUUUACAAAAGUUUUUGAUUGACAGCGUUUGUUUCAUUUGUUUUUUGGUUUGGUUUUUUUUUUGCUGUUCUUGUACAUUUAUCAGGUUGUUAUUUUACUCAAUCGUUUGUUAUUGAACAACACAUCAGACGACAUAAAUCAAUGUUUCCAUUUUUGUUUAAACUCAGAUAAUGUAUUAUUUUUGUUUUUGUUUUGUUAAGACACUUUUUUAUUUCUGUGUUCAAUACAUUUUCAAACAGAUAAUAAAUAUUUGAAAGAUGUAUUUUCCUAGUAAUACAGAACGAAAGCAGCCAAGGUCACUGUUAUCAAGGAUAAAUUGGGAAUUUACAUUAAUUCAAGUGAGAAAUAAUUUUGGAGAUUUCUCCCUCAUUUUCCUUACACAAGAAUAAUUGUAAUACUUUUAAUUUAUUUUUGUUUUGUUUCUUGUUACAUAAUGAGUUUUGCGUCCUUUUCUUUCUUUCUAGUGUGACUGCGGUUUUUUUCUCACUUUGUUAUAUAUACAUUAACACAUUUGUACUUUUCUUAAUAUUUAAAAAAAAACAUCUAACGCUGGAAACAUGGAUGAAUUAUUAUGAAUGGUUCACAUAAAAAGCCAGAUAUUUUAAAGACCAAAUUACAUAACAGUCAGAAAAAGAAUUGAUUUAGAUACCUACAUGUGUUUACAACAGUUUUGAUUAAAAAUGUGGUAGAAAUGAAAAAUAAAAAGAAUUUAUCCAUA